ACAACCGACAGUUCGAUUCAUAUCGUUAGUUGGUUCACUUUUAUCUACUUCAGUCUUGCAAUGUCAAGCAUGGAGCGAGGUUUUUUGAGGACUUUGUUGUGGCUUAUCCUCAGUUUUCGGCCCGUUUGGUGCGCGUGUCCGCUUUCAUACGAGGAACAAUCGGAUAAACUUUGUUACUCCCUGAAAAUGAGCCCCAAACUAUUUGCUCAAGCCAAAGAGGAUUGUGAGAAAGAUGAUGCCAAUCUAGCUAUAAUCAACACAAAUGAGCAAUUGAACAUUGCUCAAUUUUUUUGGGAUGAGACAAAAUCUAAAGGAGGCGAGGGUAUAUGGGUUGGUAUCACUAAUCCUUCGAAAAGACAUUGUACAUGGGGCACAUCUGCUUGCCAGAGUGCUCUCAAUCAAUUCAAAUGGGUCAAUGGAUUGAAUUUUGAAUACGACACGUGGUGGAAUGACAAAAUCAGAGCCAAUACUGGCGAGGAAUGCUUCCGAUUUCGAGAGUCCUCAAGUGUGGGCACUCCAUUUAUUUUGGAUGAUGGGCUUUGCUCGGAUAGCUGGCCUUUUUUGUGUCAGGCAAAAAUGCUCAUCACUUGUCCGGUGUCCAAUAUGCCCAGCCUGUCUUUUGGAGAUUCCACAUGGGAUGGGACGACCAAUACUUUAGGAACAAGUAUUAGAUGAGCCAGGCUGGUUGGCGAGCCCUAGGAAUGACCUGAGUCCAGCCAAAUUUGUUGGUGUGGGAAAUAAUGCAAUAGAUGUCAGCUUUGCCGGAUCGGACGUCAUGCCCAUGGACAAAACAAGGAACCCAGCAAUCCGUACCAAGUCACCAAUCUCCAGCGUGUCAAUGUUGAGCGUGAUGCCCUUCUCAUAACAGAUGUCAAACACCGCAUGUAGGUAGUCAAGUAGUUCAUCAAGGGAGAAAGACUGCAGUUACUAUGGUCCUUACAUAGCUAACCUUUUGCUUCAGGUUUUUUUCUGGAAAUUGGAACAAAGAUGGCUAAAGAUAAAAAAAACU